UCCCAGGUUCGUCAGGAGGUACAUCUGUGCUGGAAUCCCCAGAGGUACAUCUGUGCUGGAAAGGGCCUUUAAAAAGCGAACCACCAGGUAGAAGGUUCAGGUAGAGUCAGAACCACAUGCACCAAACCCAGGUAACGGAAUUACCAGGCUGUUUCAGCGCGGUGGUCCUUGAUUAUAGGGAAUGUCUGCUUCAUCAAGAACAGUGAGGUCUCUGGCAGAGUGCUGAGGAUUCAUACCUGCCUCGUUCACUUCAGAGCGUGGAUAGUCUGGAAGCCCUGCCUCCCUCAACCACACCAGGCUGGUCAGGACUGAGCGCCGACGGGUCCACCUGCCGAUUAGCAGUUCCUAGUGCUCUGUGGUCGACGUAACUCGUGCGUUUGCCUGAGAUGCAGCCCAGUCUUGGAGGAGAAUUAGUCCUUGGGAAACAGAGCAGCGUUUCCUCCGCCCACUGGCCCGACAGUCCUUGCCACCCAGCGAGACCCCUUGCCACCUUAUGCCAGCCAGCGCUGGGGUCCUGUGCCAGGGUGAUCAUAGUGCUGGUUGACUUAGUUUCUUAUUUAUGAAUAGUUUUGCUUAUUUUAAUUAGAAGAGUUUGCCCCUUUUUUUAUUUCUCAAGAGCUAUUACGAUAUUUGUUGUGUUCUCUGGUUCCUUAAAUAAUUACAUUAUUUAUUAUUCCCAGGAAACUUACAGUUGACUUAGGGAAUACUCUUGAAUUUUAUGUGAAACAUUUUGAGCUUUAAUUGUGCAUAGAUUUCACAGUCUUGAAAAAAGUCUUAAUACUAUUAUAUGUUAAAUAGCCAACAUAUAUCUUUAGAAAUAAGGGAUUCAGGAAGAUGUUCUGCAGAAAUUAUUUCAGAAAAAUAACAGACUAAAAAUGACCUUGGAAUUUAAAUGACUUGGGAAUGUUCAGGCAUGUGCAGUAAAUUGACCUGCCCUCUCCACUCCAAUCCCAUCUUCUCUACUAGGCUUUCCAUUUUUUAAAAGAAUUAGUAUCUUUUAGAAACCCUUGUAAGUAAACAACUUACUUAGAAGUUCAUCAAGCAUAUUGUGUUAUUUCAUACAUAACUGUGUUAUCGGUAGACAAACUCAUUUUAAAGAUUAGGAAAAUUAAAAGUGUUGAUAUGGUACAAUUAUGGUUUGAGUAUUUUCAGUUCAGGCAUAUGGAAUAUUUCUGACCCCACGAGGGGUCCCGGCCUCCUCCCCGCUUCCUGCCCUGAGGUAACUGGUGUCCCAUCUGUAUCUGAGGCUCACCGUCUGUGCUGUGUGUACUGCUCACAGUUGUUGGGAUGUAAACUGGAUGCAAAGCCUGUGGACUACACCACAGGAUGGCCCCGUGGCCUAGAGCUAAUGGCCAAGGAGCGGUGCAGAGCAGAACUGCCGGCAGCCCGCCCCGCACGUGGCCCGCUGUGCUAGACCACAGGGGGUGUUAAGCUCUGCGUUGUUCACUGUGGUGUCGUCGUUAAAUGCUGGGUAUUUUUUGACGCUUUCAUGGGAUGCUCCUUUGUUCAAAACCAGGGAUAGUCUCCUCUCCUACACAGUUUCCUCCUUGUUCAAAAAUGGAAAAGUGGUUAUGUUCCUUGAAUGACUUGGUAAUAAUUCUUUAAUUCUGCAUUUCCUCAUUCAGGCUGUAUUUGCAAUGUAUACCAAGUACCGCUAAGUGGGCCGUGUGGCAUCACACUGGCAUGUAAUGUGGCGACGACUUAACUUUGAAUGUCUCGUUUGUAGGCAUGAAUUGCUCGAAGAAGCCCGAAGACAAGGUUUACCGUUUGCACAGUGGGACGGGCCGACCGUCGUCGUCUGGCUGGAGCUCUGGGUUGGGAUGCCAGCCUGGUACGUGGCUGCUUGCCGGGCCAACGUGAAAAGCGGGGCCAUCAUGUCCGCCCUGUCAGACACAGAGAUCCAGCGCGAGAUCGGCAUCAGCAACCCCCUGCACAGGCUGAAGCUGCGGCUGGCCAUCCAGGAGAUCAUGUCCCUGACGAGCCCCUCGGCGCCGCCCACGUCACGAACGACCACAGGAAAUGUCUGGUUAACGCACGAGGAGAUGGAGACGCUUGCAGCCACGCCUCAAACGGUCAGUCUCUGCCUGAGCUGGUCUUCCCCUCAGUACACCCUGCCCAGAACCGCACGAGUCUUGGCCUUUUUUUGGAAAACAGAAAUGUUAGUUUACAUUAAAAUGUUCUGCAUAAGUAUUUACUUCAGGUAUCAGUUAAAAGUAAAACGCAAUUCAUGUUUCAUCUCUAGGCUUUCUCGGGAACUUAAAGCUGUAGACUCACCCUGUGUAGCAUAGAGUUCGUCCACACCUCCCUGGGGGGAGACCUUGGUUUAGCACCCCGUUGUGAUGUUCUGACCCUCGUUUUCUCCUUUCACGGAUGUGCUCGCGUGGGCCGCCGGCUCCUCGCAUGAGAGUCGGAGUGGACGCUUCUGCAUGGCUUGUGCACGGCGCUUCGAUCGCUUUGGGCUUUCCUGCUCGCUCACGCCGCGCCUCCCCCCCAGCCGCCCGCCCGCACUAACGGUUAUGUUCUUUUCAUUCCUAACCACGUAACGUCAGGAAGAUGAGGAGGGAAGCUGGGCUCAGGUUGGAGACUUUCUAUAAUAUAUUCUUCACUAUAUGUACAGCAACAAAAAGAAUUGGAGUAUGAAAACUUGUAAUUUACUUUUCUUGACAUUUUUAACAUCUUUAUUUAGAAUGUUGUUAAUGACUUAAGGUGUUAGUCUAAGCAAAGCAUAGGAUUAGAGAGUACGUCUCAUGGACAAUUUUGAACAUUUCUCGUGUGGAGCCGUGGUGGUUAAUGCUGAUUGACAGAUUGCUUUGUUCAAUGUAUGGCUUUUAUACAAAGUCCUGUGGCUGGCAGCUCCUGAGGUUAUAUAUUUUGGUCCCUGGUGGGAUAGCUUUUAUUACAAGAUGUAAUGGGAAAAGUGUAUUCUAAUAAAUUUUCCAUGUAAGGGUUGUCUUUGUGGGGGUGUUGGGGGUGUUACUAUCCUAAUACUGUAGUGAUCUAAAUAAAGGCUUUCUCACUAAUGGAACCCUCAGAAAUUAAGCCUCUUCGUGUUAAAUAUGCAUUUGAAUUUUUAGCUCCUCGCCCUUCAACUCACAAAAAACUCUGUCACAAGUGUUUUACAGCCUCACUCUGAUUAAAAACAGUGGUGUCCCUACAUGUGAUUCCAACAUCGCUGUAUGACAUACUCAACGUUUUAGCAACAAAACAGAGGCUGCAAGGUGUGGACAGCCAGUUUGCCUGGCAUCAUUUUCAAGGACCUGAAAAGGAUAAUUGUAUAUCUGAAAAAUGCCAAAAUAAUUUUAAAUCAGAAUUUUCCUGAUUGCAAGUUGAUGGUUAAAACACCUGUUCCCCUCGAUCUGUACUCGUAAAGUAAAGCCAGUCAUAGCCUC